CUGGAAGAUAUAUUCUCGGGGUGUUCGACCCUUUCGCGAUAGUGUUGCGCAGCACGAUGAACUCGACGGAGCCGCUUGUUGUUGACUGCAGCGAAACACCGCGAAGCCAUGAGCAUACGAGCCUCGAUACACCUCAGACACGAGCAGAUGAAGAAAGUGCAUCACCUGCGGCGUUGUCAGCCUUGGUCCACGAAACUGUUGCGCUGCUCCAAGAAGGAGCCAUCGCUGAAGCAACCAAACACCCAGAUUUUCACAAGCUCACACCGGUAGAUGCUUCCGUGUCGCUGUCAGAGUCAGAGCAUGAAUCUUUACGCGAAGCAGAGUCGUGGUUGACGUCGUGCCCCGUGCAGUCGAGACAAUGGAUCAUAUACGAAGCGAGAUUGCGUCCUGACAUCUCAUUGUCUUCGUUCCACGACUUGCUGUCGACCGUGCUGCUGAGCCAUGGAUUUCAACCAGAUUUCGAUUCCGAUGACGCAUCUCGACCCACCGGUGUGUAUCGUCGAAAGGUCGAUGCCUCCGGUGCUCCAUCCUUGUUUCACCUUCCCACCCACAAUGUCGUGUUUGCUCGCGUCGGCGUGUCUGCAUCCAAGCUGCGCAUUCUUCGCGUCUAUGUCUGUGCUGUUGGCGGAAGUGUCGUCCCAGCGCAGUUCCUUCCAUCCUCUCCAAGCGUCAAUGUGGCCCUUCACGCAACCGCCGACACAAUAUUUGCCCAUUUGCAGUCCGCCAUCGAGGAAAUCGGAUACGCGUUGGCCAUCCUGUUGUCACCGUCGUUCUGCGAUGGAAUGGAUGAACUUGCAGUGGCGUUGGACGAUGACUACGUGAGGGACGUGGCAGCCGCGUUCGACGCGGAAAUGAAGGCGACGUUACGGCAAUUGUCUUUACCCUUAGAAGAAUACGCGCAUGCCAAUGAAGUCGCGACUGCCCAGCUCCUGAGCGUCCUUGAGCCCCUCUAUGCUAAAUUUCACAUUGACAAGCCACAACCUGCGCGACCCGCUCUGAAUCCCUCCAAGUCUCCUGCCACCGAUGCAGCAGGAUUCGAAACCAUCGCUCCUUCAGGCGAUGAGGCACGAGGAUUAUCCCGUGGUGAACGGGUGACCAAGCUCGUCCACGCAUUGUGGCAGACCCACCGAAGUCGUAUCAGCUCAUUUGUCGACCUGAAGAUUCGUGACAAGCGGGCGCAGAUCGCACGCCGUGUCGAGUACACCACGCGCCUGCGCCGCCUCGCCCUUCAGUCCAUCCUUGACAAUGCGGAAGCCAAAAAGAUGCUUCAAGCCACGCUCGGGUCUGCGGGCGACCCGUCGUGGGAAGGCGCAGUGCUGUACGAGGGCUCGUGCAUCCUGGGCAAAAUUCCGGCAAAAUUUUACGUCACCUACGAUCGCCUGGUGUUUAAAAUGGGAAUGUUCAUGAUAUCGUCGUUCAAGGACAUCGCGUUCAGCUCGAUCACGAGGUAUGUCGCAAUGUUCGCCAUUGGAGACGUUGUCGAGAGCGUUAAAGGUUGCGAUCCAGGGUGACCAAGCCACACGUCCUCGGCAUCUCAGUGAUAUCCAUUCACCACACACUGCAAGAAGGGUGUGCUGAGGUACAGCUGACGCUUGUGUCGGACGUGGACCGCGUGUUUGAGCUUCUGAAUCAGGUGUGUCGGCGUGCUUGGGAAAUGCACGUUUCAUGACUCAUUUCUAGAUCUGCAGCAUGCACAAUAUCACGAACAGACCCAACGACGGCGGUGGCAGUCCCUGAUACGCCGACGUCCACACGCCUUCCGCGAUUCCCUCGCGUUGCUCUUCUGGGAGGCAGUUGUGAACUGUCCAAGAAUACCGUUUCGAAUUGGACACCAAAAUCCGGAUAAAGAUAUUGAGAGGAAUGAUUUUAUUUGCA